UCUCUUACUUUCAAGAACUACAGUAUUCUUAGUGACAUAGCCAAUUGCUAUACACUUUUAUCACUGUAAAUAUACUACGGCUGGCAUGGCAUGCCACCCCAAGAAAAAGAAGAAGAAGAGGAGGAGGAAGAAGAAUGAUGAAAUAAAUAAAUAAAACACCCCACCCAAAUUCAAAGGUAUGCUAUAAAUAUCCCAUCAUCACUCAUCAGUGUUGUGCUCUCCAAGACCAAGAGACGAGUACAGUUACAGUACACCCCUCUUGAUUCCUCUCUUCUACUCUUCUGUUUCUCUCCUCUUUGAUCCCCUUUCUUUCUGCAUUACUGCAUAAUUACACGAUCUCAUCUGGUUGGUUGACAGAACUCGCUCGCUAGCUUCCAUAUAUAAUUAUCAAAUAUACUAGUAGUACAACAAAAAAAUUAGGCAGAUAGUAGGUGAGGCAUUAGACAAUUACAUCUCCCAGAAUGCCUGCAGUCGUCGACCUUGCUUGUUUAUCAUGUCUGUUGCUUCUCAUAUCCUCCUCCUCUACGGCCACAGCUUGUGAUCGCUGCGUCCACAGCACCAAAGCUGCUUUCUUCAACAAGGCAUCUGCACUUCAAUCUGGUGCUUGUGGGUAUGGCUCAAUGGCCACAAGUUUCAACGCUGGCCACCUUGCGGCUGCUGUUCCUGCCAUUUACAAAGAUGGAGCAGGUUGCGGCGCAUGUUUUCAGAUAAGAUGCAAGAACACACAGCUCUGUACCAAGCAAGGGGCCAAGGUGAUCGUCACGGAUCUUAAUAAAAACAAUAAUGAGACGGAUUUUGUGCUUAGCAGCAGAGCUUUCAGGGCCAUGGCUGUGCAGGGCAAGGAUCAAGACAUUUUGAAGCUUGGCAUCCUUGACGUCGAAUACAAGAGGGUUCCUUGUGAUUACAGAAGGAAUCUGGGCAUUCGCGUGGAAGAAUCAAGCCAGAAGCGUAGUAAUUAUCUAGCCAUUAAGUUCUUGUACCAAGGUGGCCAGACGGAGAUCGUGGGUGUUGAUGUGGCUCAGGUUGAUUCACCAAAUUGGACUUUCAUGAGCCGAAACUACGGCGCUGUCUGGGAUAGCAGCAGAGUUCCAAGCGGGGCGUUGCAGCUCCGGGUGGUGGUGACGGCUGGCUACGAUGGCAAGUUUGUGUGGGCUAAAAAUGCGUUACCUGCGGAUUGGAAGAAUGGGAUGGUCUACGAUUCCGGUGUCCAGAUCACUGAUGUUGCUCAAGAGGGUUGUUCUCCUUGUGAUGAUGGAAGCUGGCCAGCCACCGCCCGUUUAAUAUAAUCUCUUCCCCACCGCUCGUUAAACUUCAGUAAUUACCCACUGAUGUUGCUUGCUUACUGAAUAAACAUUAAAGCUUGGUUUAGAUUUCCUGCACUUACUUUUACUCACUACUACUGUUCUUGUUUUAUAUAUGUAGUGGUUAAGGGUUUUGGGAGUUCGCAGUAGCUACUGCAAUUAUUAUUUGUUAGUGUUUCCUUUCCACAACUCUGGGACAAGCUGAAAGUGGAGGGAGAAGUGUAUUUGUUUUCGUUGCCAAAUAAGAAGCAGAGCGUACAUGAGGAGGGUCGGCAUUCGCAUUUCCCAUCAUAGCUAGGAAAAGUUUUGUGCCCCUGUAUAUUCUACACUUUGUAUUGUGACUUUUAACACACUAGGAGGUGGGUACCGCGAUUGCCCAGAAAUGUGUAGGAUUGGUUAGCGCAAGUCAAAAGGCAUGAAGUGCUUAGGAGGAAUUUUGUCUGAGAAAAACUUGAUUGUUUAUAUACUUAUUGAUUUUUUGGUUUGCAUUGACCGUA